UUUACUACAGUGUAACAGCAGCAGAACUACAGUGUCAGACUGGAAAUUAAGUGUCUUGGGGAAAUUAAAGAGCAACCAGUGAACCCCAUUUCUGAUGUAAUUCUGUUGUGCUUGGCUAGUACCGUAGUUAGUUCUGGCCUCGGAAGCCUGGCAGGGUGGGUGGGGGCACCACACCAUACAAACAUAAACAAAGAUUAUUUACACUCUCGGCAGUAGAUUGCAAAUAAGCUGAGCUGUUUGUUUAUUUAUUUUGGCGCAAAGUGGUGCCCUGCUCAAUAUUUGUUUUUGUAAAUCUCUAGAGAGUCAAAAGGAACAAAAAGAACCCCUUCCUUUAACCCCUUCCCUUCCUCGCCACUCUGAUACUAGUCUGGCCUUGGCACUUGGUGAUUGUUACAUCAUCAACACACAACAAACUUGAACGCUGACCUCCUCAUCUGAUUGGGGUCGCGACCCCCUUCUCCUAACCCAUCGCAGGUUUGUGACCCCCUUCUCCUAACCCUUUGCAGGUUCACAAACCCUAUUCUAACUCAUCGCGGGUUCAUGACCCCCUUCUCUUAACCCACCGAAAGGUUCGCGACCCCCUUCUCUUAACCAAAUCGCGGGUCGCUCUCACAACCAGAGGUCAAAUCCACAAGAGUUAAGGGAAAAGUGGGGCCCCGAAAGAAACCUGACCUCCCCCAGCCAGAGAAGGUGACCCAGCAAAUAAACAGGAAUUUGGCAAGUGGAUAAGGUGCGGGUCAAACGCUGCAACGUUAGACAGCGGGAUGGAUCGGUAUGGCUAUGGCCGUGUUGGGUAAUCUCUAAAAUAGACGUAACGUAUUUAGGUAAGGGGGUUUACUCCUGAGUGCGCGCGAGAGAGAGGAAGAGAGAGUGAGAAAGUCAGAGAGAGCGAGAAAGAGAGAGGGGGGCACACAGGGCACAGAGGGACACACCCCCCAAAACACAUCCAGUAGUACGGACAUGAAGACUAGACGUAGGCAGAUGUCCUGACUUCUGAGUCUCACUGGAGCAAUUGUCCUUCCUCUGCCCUGUGGAUCUCAUAUGCAGGUGGUGAGUGUUCUCCCGAGGCAGCAGCAGUGGAGGCCAGUGGUGUGCAGGCGAGAUGACUCAGUCCGUGCAGGUCAACCCUAAGCUGCCCGACCUGGGUGCUCCGUUCCUGUACGGUUCCCAGGAGGAGGCUGAGCAGGCCGGCUCCUACUCUGUGCAGACCCCCUAUGGCUUCCAGCUGGACCUGGACUUCCUCAAGUAUGUGGAGGAGAUCGAGAGCGGACACAGCUUCCGCCGCACCCCCGUCAGCUCCCGGCGAGGAGGCGGCGGCCCCCGCGCCCCCAAGCUCUCCCAGCGCAGCCCGGGGGUCGGUGGUCGCGCCAGCGGCUGGACGUCCACGGAGUCCCUCUCGUCCUCGGCCAGCGAUGACGGCAGCGGCCGGGGUGCCAUCCCCCCUCCCCCGCCCCCUCGCAGCCGCAUCGGGUCCCUGCCCGCGUCCGUGCCCGCCGCGUCGUCCGAGCCGCACGUGAUCUCGCCGCUGCCCGUGUUCAGCCCGCCGCCGCUGUCGGCAGGUGCCGCCACCAAGGUGCCGCCGCCGCCCCCGACGCGAAACCCCCGUGUGGAGCGCACCCUCAUGGAGACCAGCCUGAGGCUGCAACAGGAGCAGCAGAGCCAGAUACACCUGCAGCAGCUGCAGCAGAGCCAGCUCCAGAACGGCACCGUGGUCUUCCAGCUCGCCGAUCCGCCCAGGGGGCCAGGCUGGACGCCAUCCUCCAGCACACAAUCAGCAACAGCAACUCCAAUAGCAGCAGCAGUAUUGCCACCACCACAAUCAUCAUCAUCCGUGCCAGCCUCAUCUGACGCCCCUGCCCAUCUGCACCCAUCUCAGAGCCCCUGCCCCAGCGUCUGGACGCGUCCUAGCCCCCACACGUCCGGCAGAAGCACCCCAGCCACCGGAGCGGCCCUCGCAUCCCUCUCGGCCUCCACGCCGGGGGGUUCGAGCUCGGCCAUGGUGCCGCCGCUGCACCUGCAGACGGUGCGGGAGCAGAUGGCCGCGGCCUUACGCCAACUCAAGGAGAUGGAGGAGCGCGUCAAAGGCGUGCCGGCACUCGAACGGGAGGUGGCCCAGCUCCGGGCCGAGAGGGAGGCGCUACUGCAAGCUCUCCGCGAGGAGAAACAGAAGCAGGCGAGCAGCAGCGAGAAGCAGAGCGGCGAGACAUCAUCGGCAUCACCAUCAUCAUCAUCACCUGUUACCACGACACUCGCGGCUGUUACCAUCACGACAGCAUCCACGGCGACAAUGACCACAUCGACGCCCACCGCUACAGCUACUGCUGCAGUCCAGACUGUUUCCUCAGAGCCCGUUGUCGUAGCUAGUCCGCAGGAACCUGGCCCGCUGUCGCCAUCUGCUGGCCGGACGAAUAAGGUGUCGGAGCUGCGUAAAGCCAUAGAGAAGGCCAGCAAGGAGGAAGCGGCAGGAAACGGCAGUAGCAAACAGCAGGCGGAGAAGGUGGCGCCCCCUGCAGUGCAGACUGUGUCAGUGGCCGUCGGCGGUGACCAGCCCCUGAGCUCGGGGGUGUUCUACUACCGAGAGGCCAUGAAGGACGCCGCAGUGGACGCCUGGACGCAAGACAACAACGAGUGUGUGGCCGUCGUUGGCACCGAGACGCAAAGCCAGGUGAGCCAGAGCCAGAGCCAGGUGAGCAGUGGGUGUGAGAUGGGCGUUCAGGUGGCGCCGUCCAGCGCGGAGGCCUCUGUGGAGGUGACGGAGGCCCUGCUGGGGCUGAAGAACGAGGCGGAGGAGCGCGAGAGCGAGAGCGCCGCCCUACAGGAGACGGUGAGACUGCAGCAGGAGUCCAUCGCGGCGCUGGAGGAGAGGCUGGGCCGGGCCAACGGCGACUUAGAGGCUCUGCGGGCCAGAGAGCAGGAGCGCCAGGCGCGGGUCACGCUGGAGCGCGGCGUACAGGUGCAGGCGCAGACCGCCAGCGUGGGCACAGACGCGCCGCCGGCACCGCCAGCCAAGACGAUGAAUAGUGUAGGCGUCAGCUGCAGACCGGAGGUGGCCGAGGUGGGAGUAGGAGGGGAGGAGAAGAGGACGCCUGCAACAUGUCAUCAAAGCAUACAGACAGAGGAAGAGGAGGAGGAGGAGAGGGAGAAGGGAAAAGAGGAGGUGAAGAAGGAGGUGGUAGAGGUAGAGAAAGUGGCGAUGGUGGACACUGCAAGUCAGUGGGAGAACCCUGAGGGAGAGGAGGAUGAGGAGAAGGAGAAGGAGAAGGAGAAGGAGGCGGAGAAAGAAGCUCGGCCGGGGCUGAAGAGGAGGCAGGUGACCAUGGCAGAAGUUGUGAGUGGCAUCGAGGCGGAGAGGAGAACGGGAGAUGAGGUGGCCACACCACCAGCAGUUCCAAGCCCAGUGGGGACCCUGAAAUCCAUCAUGAAGAGGAAGGAUGGGAGUAGCUCGGGAGAGAACCGCAGCACAGGCAAGAAGAGUCUGCAGUUCGUGGGCAUCCUGAACGGAGGAUACGAGUCAACAUCCAGUGAGGAGGAGGAGGAUGAUGACGACGACGAAGAAGAUGAGGAUGAUGAUGAUGAUGACGGGAGCUCGUCGGAUGAUGCAGGGGAGUGCUCGAGCAGCGGGGAAGAGGAGGCAGCCCAGCAGGAGACGUCAGACGAGGAGAGGAAUAUCAACCUGGACGAGAGUGACAGCGAUGAUGCCGUGGAGACAGGGUCGUCGCCAGGACAACAGGAGGUCGUCAAGGAGAAGUUCGAACUGAGUAUGAAGAUGCGGGAGGCAUGUCUGAUUAUGAAGAACCAUCUCAACGAUGACACCAAAGCUAAAGCCAAAAGCAAAGAAGUGCUGUCCAGCACCCACACAGUGCAGCUGGAGUGGUUCCGCGUAUCCAGCGCGAAGACGGCUCAGCCAGCGCGGGUCUCCAACUACCUCAUGGCCUUCUCUGAGGUGUCUCCCGUGCUGCUGGAGCACGUGGUCAACAUGACCGAUGGAAACGGCAACACGGCGCUACACUACAGCGUCUCGCACUCCAACUUUACCGUGGUGGGGCUGCUCCUAGACACAGGUGUGUGCUGUGUGGAUCAGCAGAAUAAGGCGGGCUACACGGCCAUCAUGCUCGCAGCUCUGUCGGCCGUAAAGGAGGAGGAUGACAUGGAGGUGGUCAAGAAGCUCUUCAGCCAGGGCAACGUCAACGCCAAGGCCAGCCAGGCGGGCCAGACGGCGCUGAUGUUGGCGGUGAGCCACGGGCGGCAUGAGAUGGUGCGGGCGCUGCUGGAGUGUGGUGCCAGCGUCAACGUCCAGGACGACGAGGGAUCCACGGCCCUCAUGUGUGCCAGCGAGCACGGCCGAGCAGAGAUCGUCGCCCUGCUGUUGGAGCAGGCCGACUGUGACAUCUCCGUUGUGGACAACGACGGCAGCAACGCUCUCUCCAUAGCGCUGGAGGCAUCCCAUAAUGACAUCGCCGUGCUGCUCUACGCCCACAUGAACUACUCUAAGACCCAGGCAGCUCAUUCCGCUGGUGGAACAGCGGGCAUUACGGGGCUACCAGCAGCUUUGAGACCAUUGCUGUGUCUCAGAUGGUGCACUUCGGACACUGUUUUAGUGCGGGAUGAACAAAGGCGCCAACAGAAGCCCGACUAGUCCACAGAAGCCCUGGCCUGCAGAGUAGCAGCAGCAGCAGCAGCCUACUUGCAUGGAGCCUGACCUGUGGAGACCCAUGACUGAAGAUAACUGGAUAUACUGGCCUGUGAACCACAAGCUCAGUCGACUAGAAAACUGUCACUGUCAACUGUCUAUAAAAAAUACAUAUAUUUAUAUUAUGACGUGUAUGUAUCUAUGCACUACAUGCUGCAAGAAUAUCAGCUAUUAACUGUCAUAGUAUACACUACUAACCAUGUAUGCUGAAACUAAAGCCAUUCUCCCUUCUUGAUGUGUUGCGGUCAAGCUGGCGACAUACAGUGGAUCUGCAUUCUUGUUCCUGAACUUUUCAUACCAAAAAGAAAAAAAUGUGUAUUGUCUCUGCACUAACUUCUUAUGCAAUAUGUUAUUGACCUUAUUUUAUGUACAAAUAAACAUUUAUUUACAUAUGGAAGUGAUGCUUAACUAGUGUGCAUGAAGGGAUGCGCCUGUUGGUGUUGGAACUACAGGUGUAGCAAACACAAGUGGGGGCCAUUUGGAAAUAUACAUUUACUUACAAAAGUAAGUUUACGUAAUAAUUUGUGAAAUAUGUAAAAAAAAAUCAGAUG